CAUGCGCACAUAUUCUCCGGUAGUGCCGCGUCUGGCUGCAGCGAGUCAGACAGCGAACAGAAACGAGCUGCAAGGGAGGGGUGCGCACUCUAAAGGGGAAUAUCGCCACCACCGGCUUUCCAGUCUCCGGGAAUAACGCGUAUUCCACGCUUCGGGAUUGCACUGAUUUUUUUUUUUAAUUUUUAUUAUCAUUGUUGUUUGGACACAAGGAGCAAGGACGCGCAUUGAAUUCGCACCAGUGGAGCUUUUUUAAAUCCUGCCGUUCCCAGCUCAAUCCCACCCUCCUCCUGUAAGUUUUCCCUCUUUGUUUCCAGACCCAUCCAAGAUGCCUAGUUCGCUGUUCGCCGACAUGGAGCGGAGCGGCAGCGGCGGACAGGGGGACGCCCUGGAUGACCAAAGAGCCCUGCAGAUCGCCCUGGACCAGCUCUCGCUGCUCGGUCUGGAUAACGAUGAAAAUUCGCUGUAUGACAACGAGCCCAGGAAAAAGAGCGUGAACAUGACCGAAUGCGUUCCCGUUCCCAGCUCCGAACACGUUGCUGAAAUCGUUGGCAGACAAGGUUGCAAGAUUAAAGCCCUGCGAGCAAAGACCAAUACGUAUAUCAAAACUCCAGUGCGGGGAGAGGAGCCGGUCUUUGUUGUGACAGGCAGGCGAGAGGAUGUAGCCAUGGCUCGGAGGGAAAUCAUCUCAGCAGCCGAGCACUUCUCCAUGAUCCGAGCCUCACGGAACAAAAACAGCAGCCUAAACGGGAACGCCACAGCGCCCGGCCCGCCCAACCUGCCCGGACAGACCACCAUUCAGGUGCGGGUGCCCUAUCGGGUGGUGGGACUAGUGGUUGGCCCCAAGGGGGCCACCAUCAAGCGCAUCCAGCAGCAGACGCACACCUACAUCGUCACGCCCAGCCGCGACAAAGAGCCCGUUUUUGAAGUGACCGGCAUGCCAGAGAACGUAGACCGGGCCAGGGAGGAGAUCGAAGCACACAUCGCCAUGCGCACCGGUGGCCUGAUCGAGUUCACCGACGAGAACGACUUCCACGCCAACGGCACCGACGUGGGUUUCGAUUUGCAUGGGAACGCCAGUUUGUGGAGCAAGCCCAGCUCCAGCGUCACUCCCACUUCGGGUCGCAAGCCGUUCUCCAAUUACCGCAACGACAGCUCCAGCUCCUUAGGGAGCGCCUCUACCGAUUCGUAUUUUGGCGGCAACAAUAGCAACUCAAGGCUGGCCGAUUAUAGCCCGCCAAGCCCCGCCCUCAGUUACACUGCCUCCAGCAACGGCAACAACAACAACAACAACAACGCCAAUGGAUUUGUCUACGGUGGUGAGGUGAUCUCGCCCGAUUGCACUGACUUGGCUUUCGAUCCGUCGCCAGGGUUCGACCCUACUCCGGCACCGCCGGGCCUGAUGUGGUCACAGUAUGAGCGCGCCGCCAACAGCACCUCGGCCUCAUCGCCCGUUUUCCCCGCCAAUGCUUCCACGAAUGCCAACGGCCUGCAGCGCCGAGCCAACCAGCCCAGGCUGUCCCCGCCUUUGCACCAGGCCAAUGGUGCGGCCGAGCAUCCGUUGGCGCGCCGGGUGCGCAGCGAUCCGGGCGGAGGCACACUCAGCUUCCCCGGUUACUCGAUGGGAUCCCAUCACCCUGGCGUUCCCUCCGACUCAUCCAUCUCUUCGUCCUCCUCGUCCUCCUCUUCAUCCUCAUCUGGGACGAGCCGCAAGGGAAGUCGGGACUGCUCGGUGUGCUUCGAGAGCGAGGUGAUCGCGGCUCUGGUGCCCUGCGGCCACAACCUGUUCUGCAUGGAGUGUGCCAACCGCAUCUGCGAGAGGAACGAGCCCAAAUGCCCCGUCUGCCAUGCUGCAGUUACUCAGGCUAUACGUAUAUUUUCCUAAAGGGUGUCCAUGCGCCCUCGGUGACUUCGCGAGAGCCUAAUAACGUGUGUUAUUGUACGUGUAUAUACAUAUGUAUGUAGAGCUGCAGUAUCCAAAAAGGGACGGCCAUUGUUCAUACUGUACUGUAGCUCGGGACAAAUAUUUUCAACAUCUAAUGCAUGUUUUAAAUAUUCAAGCCUAGUAAUCAAUAGUUUUAGUCAACUGUACACAAGCAAGCGUUAAUGAAGUAAGGACGGCCGACGGUCUCACCCGAGGUACCUUAGACUGUUAGCAUAAACGAGCCUUUCGAUUCCGCUGAUCGAAUGUACUGGUAGCAGACCUGGAGUUCGGGGGAAUCUGGACGGCUUCCUGUCUGACACACACACACAAACACACGCGCACACACACACACACACACACACACAGAGAGAGAGACUCACAACGGUGUGGAGAUACUGCAGCUUACGCGAUGGAACUCGUUUGAGGGAGAACAGCAACAUAUCCUACAUAUAUAUAAAUAUAUAUGUAUAGAUAAAGCAGAAAUUCCACAAGUUUUAAAUAUUCAUGAUGACAUUAAUACAGAUUGAAGUAUUUUAUUCUUUUUUGACUUGAAAGAUUAUAUUUCGUAUUGCAAAGAUGUUUACAGAUAUUUUAAUUUAAGUUCAGUGAACUUUUUUGUAGCUGGGUUCAAAUAUCUUUUUAUUUUUUAGUAUGGCCUCGUGGCAACGAACACUGUAUUAUUUUAAUAUCACUCGAAAAGCGGAUGGCGAUUCAGACCACGAAAUGUGCAUUUGCAUCGGACAGUAUUCUGUUGGGUUGGAGGGUUUCUAGGUUCAGCAAAAAAAAAAAAAUGUCUUUUGAAUCCGUUUCACCCAGCAUAUUUUCUAUUCAGUAAUAUAAAGCAUAUUUUAUUCUAUAUUAUUACAGAAUAUGUCGAAAUGUAUAAAACUUAGUACGUUCAGACAAAAAGGAACCGUUUAAGCUUUCUAAAAAUUUGUAUGAAUUAGAUUCCAGUGGGUAUCACAGAGUUCUGUUCUGUUGCACCACUAUAGGUUUAGGAUUUCUAUUUUAAUACAUUUGUUUACCACUUGUUUAUGUAUAUGUAGGUGAAGUUACUUGAGCGUCUAUGUACUUUAUUGAGCAAAGUUUAAAAACAAAGUAUAUUUUAUUUUAUGAUAAAAGGCCUUUAACCUCAUGGUCAAAUACUAAUAUUAUAUUUGCUGAAACAAGAUUUGAAAAUGUAUCAAGAGUUUUAUUUUUCUGACAUUUAAAGUUCUACAUGAUAAAGUAAAACUUAAGUAAUGGUGCUACUUCAUGUUUUUUUAAGUAUUUCUAUAUAAGUCCAAUAAAAUGGUACAUGAA